AAAAAAAGACCAAAUGGCCAAGCAACCUUCUGAUGUAAGUUCUGAGUGUGACAGAGAAGGUGGACAAUUGCAGCCUGCUGAGAGGCCUCCCCAGCUUAGGCCUGGGGCCCCUACCUCCCUACAAACAGAACCGCAAGGUAAUCCAGACGGUGACGGGGACCGCUGCCCCCACGGCAGCCCUCAGGGCCCGCUGGCCCCACCGGCCAGCCCUGGCCCUUUUGCUACCAGAUCCCCACUUUUCAUCUUUGUGAGAAGAUCUUCUCUGCUGUCCCGGUCCUCCAGUGGGUAUUUCUCUUUUGACACAGACAGGAGUCCGGCACCCAUGAGUUGUGACAAGUCAACACAAACCCCAAGUCCUCCUUGCCAGGCCUUCAACCAUUAUCUCAGUGCAAUGGCUUCCAUAAGGCAAUCUCAGGAGGAACCUGCAGAUAUCCGCCCGGAGAUAUGGAUUGCACAGGAGCUUCGGCGGAUUGGAGACGAGUUCAACGAAUCUUACAGAAGGAGGGCAAAUAAUUACCAAGAGGAUGAAGACCACCCUCACCACCCUCAAAUGGUUAUCUUACAACUGUUACGCUUCAUCGUCCGUCUUGUAUGGAGAAGGCAUUGACAGGAUCUUCACGCCGCCAGGAUAAAUGUGGACACCGAUCUUGUUCAGACCACCAGAACCCCAGCACCUCAAGUCUCUUGGCGCCAUGACAAUGCAGCCAGUAGCUCUGUCCCAGAGAGGUGCUGAGGGUGGCCGACACACUGCACUGUGUCGAUGCGAACUUAACCUUUCGGUUCAUCACCACAUGGCAGAAUUUCCAGUAGACAUUUGUUGUGAAUGUAAACAAGGGAUGGCUCUUCUCUUAUUAAUGUACAGAUCCUGGGACUUUGUAGUAGCGUCAUAUGCAAGAAAGGUGUUUACAUGUGGUGUGUUCAUUUGUUUUUUAAACCUGCUUUCUUUGGUAACCGUUUGGUUGGUUGUUUUUUGUUUUUUGUUUUCCUUUGUUUUGGGGGUUUUUGUUUUUUCAGAAAAGAAAUGAAAACUCUUUAGCCAACUUCUGGAUGAUUUUUAUACUAAACUCCUAAUGCCCUGUUGCCUAUUCUCAGAGGAUAUGUAAACCUGCAGUGGGAACUGAGCCAGCUGAUUUCUACGGCUGCCUUAGUUUAUUUUUGGAGAUUACUGUACAGAAUUUUUAAACAGUGAGAGUAUGGUGUUGCCCUCUCUCCUCCGCCGUGGCUCCUUUGAGUUUCUUUUUUAAUUAUUGCUACCAAAACAGUUCUUACAAAAUGGGAUGGGUUCAAGUGGCAAAGGGUCUGUUUUGGUGUGCCACUCUCAUUUUGUAAAUGCUUACCUCCUUAGCCCAGUUGCUUCUGUGGCAAACUUUCACACUUUCUGUGUUUUUCCUCAUCUCCCCGUACUCCUCAGUCUGUCUCCACACUGAUGCACAGGUUUGGCCCAGGGUAUUCUCAUGAUGCCAUGUGUUUGGGUCAGCAAGGGCUAGGGGCUGCCCGGAUUGUUCCCAGCCCCAUCAAUCAAGCUGACUCAUGGGAAGGGCUUUUGUCCACCUCACUUCAUUGUGGUGGGUUUGUUUGUCUCUUACAUCUGGAGAGAAUGCAGACUCACACAAAGUUUACUGAAGCUGUUAACUCUUUUGGUUUCAGGCUUGGCUACAGUCGUGGGCUCUGCCUUGCUGCAUGUACCAGAUGGGCCAGAGCCCACACUUUUCUUGGGGAUUGACCAGGUCAUUUCGGGAGCAAGGGGCUCAGGUAGUCAUUUUCCUUGGCAUGCUUCUUGAAAUUUAGCCCUGCUCAUCCCACCUGGCCCGUGAUACCUGAACUCCAUCCCUAUUCCUUUGAACCUACCUUGACAUAGAGACUGGCUCUGCCUCCCCAGUUACCAUACAUAGGAAACCUAACCUCAGUUACAUCAAGUGAAACAUUCUUUUUGGUCUUCCAAAAGAUGGCUAACUACUUUUUCUCCAUUGUUUAACAGUUGGAUCUUGGUGGGCCACCCGUGUCUGGGGUGGGGGGUGCUCUCUCUUGGUACCUACCCCUUAGGGCCAUGUGCACCAGAAGCCCACACACUGGUCAGCCAUUUCAAGAGCUGGAGGAGUAUAGCCUGGUGAAGGAGCCUUCCCUAGCAUGUGCAGAUGCCCUGGGCUCCAUCCCCAUCUCCUCCCAUAACAAACAACACACAUGUAGGCAGACAACCAGGGAAGACACAAAAAGGACAGAAGAAAGAACAUCAGAGGGGUGGGGGAAACUGUGAACCCUCUAACUUGUGAAAACGUCAGUCAUCAGGCAGCUUGCUUAGAGGAGAAGUGCAUGCAAGCAAGUCAGCAGUGCCAACAACUGUGUUUGCUUUUGCCCAGUAGAGGGCCAGUGUUUUUACGUUAUUAAGUAGAGAAAUCCAUUCAUUCCCACGUUCCUCUCUCUCUCUCUCUCUCUCUCUCUCUCUCUCUCUCUCUCUGUGUGUGUGUGUGUGUGUGUGUGUAUGUGUGUUUAUAUGUAUAUAUAUGUAUAUAUAUAAUGUCUAUAUGCUUUUCCUUCUAGAUUGAGAUCACUUGAUUCCAAAUAUUCUUCCUUUUAAAACCACUUAUUCCCCAGCUUCCUUAGAUUAUUGUUUGAAAGCUGUGUUGGUGCGCUCACCUUGUUUCCUGAUGUGUUGAGCCUAUAGAGGGUUCCUAUAUGGCACACUGUUACAAGGUGGUAUUAAGAGUGCAGCCAUGGUACACAUACACACACACACACACACACACACACACACACACACACACACACACACCAAAGACAUACUUGGUUCUGGGCCACCCCACUCCUAGGACCUCCAUGCUCAUGUGCCAGUCUCCGACUGGAGCACUUUACUGUCUCAGCCCUGUGGCUCUGUGGUAUCUCUUUAGUAGGUGCAGAAGGCUCCCAGAGCCAGGUGCCGGUAGCAUGUGUGGCCCUUCAAGCAUGCUUACCUCUGGCCCAUUGGCCUCCAGCCUGGGGCUGGCUAUCAAAGCAGCUCAUGGGGAAAUACAACAUUCUAUGAAUUGUAGAAGUAUUCAAGAACAGGAUGCGGCACCCAGAACUUAGACAUGACUGGAUGUCCCUGUACUGUAUCUGUUUAUUAAAAUACAAAUAAGAAAGUAUGUUUGCCCACUGUGGGUAGACCCUUGUACUUAAUUUUUAUUUUAUUAUUGUUAUCUCUCUUCUUUUUUUUGUUAGAACAGAAACUCCCGUGUGUGUGUCUGUGUGUCUGUGUGUCUGUGUCUGUGUGUGUGUGUCUGUAUGUGUGUGUAUGUCUGUGUGAACACAAUGCGGGUUUUGUGCCUUGACAACCUCCCCAUGUGAGGUUUGUAAAAAGUGAAGUCCUGUGACUUCACCCCAAGAUGCAAUAAACACACGAAAUGACUUCCUGAAUAAUUCUUCAGAUUUCCUUCCCAGAAACAAUUUGAUGAAUUCGGGGGAGGGCGCGGGAGGGGCUAAAAAUCAGUUUAAAAUCUCUUUUCAUUAAAGUAUAUAAUGGAUAAUGUACACAACCUCUCCUGUUUCCUCUUAGUGUUGUAUAUAUUUUGACUAUUUAUUAGAUUAGGAAGUCGUGUUUUAUUCAUCAACUGAGCCAAAUGUCUGUGUGCAAUUGUGUUUCCUUUACUUUCUUUGUAAAAUUUUGUACGGCAUAAAUGAGUGUAAAAAAAAAAUCACUGUUUUUCUAAACUUCUCAGAAUUAAGGAUUGUAAAUAUCGUAGGUUCUUUUUCUGUGUAAUGUGCCCUACUGUUUCAUAAUGCUGUAACUUGUAGAAAUGGUGUAUAUUUAUUUUCUGCUUAUUUAAUGUCUUAAGUUCUUGAAAGUGUUGACAUCCCUGUCCCCCAUACCCCUGCCAUCCCGUGAAUUACUUCAGCUCCUGAGGUGUGGGGAGUGGUGACUGGGUCCACUCUCCCAAGGUGGCCUCCCGCUUUGGCUCCUGGCAUUCAGUUCUUGGAUUCUGCCACCUUUCUGAUGAAAUUAGUAUUUUGCUGCCCAUGAGAUACCCUAGAUGUGGUAAGCUGAAAGAUUGGACUCUAAAAAAAAAAAAAAAAAUACUCCAUCAAAUCCAUUUGUUGUAAAGCAGGUGGCUUCUGAGAAAAACAGAUUUACCAGUAAGUUGGCCAUAUCUAGAGAAGUAUUAUCAGCAGAUGGGAAAGGAUUUUUUUUUCUCCAUUGAAAGAGUAUCUGUGACAGCUCAGUGUUGAGAAAAUACAAUCCUGCCACCUCUUGAGGUGCUGCUGUGUGGCUGUCCUGGGUAGGAGGAGGACUGGUGGGGCAAUAUCACCUGUCUCACCAGGACACUUGCUGGCUACUGUCCACACCUGCUGUGUGGUUCCUAGGUUGCGGUGUAUGGGGUGUAUGGCUGUGGUAAGGAGCUCAGCCAUUCUGCUCCCUCCCCCAUUCACUGCAUUAGUCCAGCCUGCUUCUGCGGGUCCAUGCCUUUGCUCCAACUCUUCAUAUUCCUUAAGAAGAGGUCAGGGUCCCUGCUGGCCUGGGUGUCAAGAUGGAAAAACUCACUGAGGCUCUAGGGGCAUGUUACUUAAUGUAGAUGGCUCUGUCCUCCCUGCGGAUUUAGCCUGGUGCCUGUGUGUGUCGGCUCGGUACGGUGGCGUGUGUGCGGGUCGUGUCCACACGUGUCGCUAAAUUAGCGGGGAAUCCCUCCCAAACAGCAUUUGCAGAGCAUCCUCAAGCUCCCAGCAAAGUACUUGACUGCUUUUAUUUGGAAAUUUCGAAAUUCAGUAGUUCAAAUAGGUUUUCAUGUCUAGGUUCUUUGACCACUGGUUACUGUAUCCAAACCUGUCAGGUACCCUUUAAUAAACAGCACUGAUCUCUGUGUAUAGUGCCCUAUCACUAACGUGUCCAAGGACCCAGCGUAUGUAGCAUUUGUAUUGCAGUUUCCCUGGCUUCCUUUAUGUUUUUGCACUGAUGAAUUUUGACAGGGUAAUUGCCACUGUACUUGUGCAAUACUGCUGUAAAUAACUGCAGAUUUUUUUUAAGAAACUCAAUCUUUUAUGUUCCUAAUGAAUUUUAUAUAAAUAAAACUUGCAACUAGCUUCCGUGAA